GUAACUUCACGACGGUUCUGGCCCACGUGUUGUUAGUGGGCGCAUAAUAACAGCUCCGGCACAGAGAGACAUUCAGUUACAUAUUGUGCGUUAAGGGGAAAGCGUGUCGCGCUUCACGACGAACCGGCACUUCGCGUGAAUAUACACGAUAAACUUCAAAUAAAAACAAUUUAAAAGAUAAAAUACAAUUUAUCGGUACUAGGAGAAGUGCAUGCAGUGAAUGUGUUAGUAACCAGAUAAGCUGAUCUCCGAGUGCAGAAAGAUCUGGUGGUCAUGGCAACGAGGUGGUUUGCCCUUGUGCUGGUCGCGGUCAGCUGGCGGUACAGCGACGCCUGCACAUGCAGUGCACUCGAGCACCCACAAACACAUUUUUGCAACAGUGAUUUUGUUAUUGUUGGGCGAGUUCAGAAGACAUUUCGAGGAUCUAGUUUUUACGAUGCAUACAAAGUCAAAAUAAGGAACGUUUUCAAAGCAUCACCAAAAGCAGAGGUUGCUCUCAAGUCUGGACGUUUGUUAACACCUUCAGCAGAAUCGUUGUGCGGUGUCACCCUGAAACCUAGAGAGACUUACGUCAUCACAGGUAGGGUGGUCCAGCUGCAAGCGCACAUACACUUGUGCGAGUAUAUAAAGAAAUGGCGUGAGGUCACGCCACGGCAACGGAAGGGGUUCCGACUGCUUUAUAAGCAGGGAUGCACUUGCAAAGUGCACCAGACACGACGUAAGACGAAAUCACCUAACACAUGCGUGACGAACUAUGACGAAUGUUACGAUCGACACGGCAUCUGCCUGCACGAUCGCAUGAGGCGCUGUCGCUGGACAAGGGCUCCGACACUGACGAGGUGCCUUCAAACGAAGCAUUCCAAUGGCACCAUGACUUGAUAAUUCACAAAGAGGAAUUAAUGUAAACAAUACUGUACCUACCAUUUGUAUAUCUCGAUACGUCCACAUGAAAAAUUACAAAUUUAUCGAAAUAGUAAUUCAAAGCCAAUAUUGAGCCAAAUAUUCGUAAUGUUAAUUAUCAUUUUGUCGUUAAUUUAUGGAGAUUAGAUAUUAGUUACUUACUUUUAAAAUAACUAUGUGAUAUCUAGAAUGAAGUGUUUGAGAAUGAUCUACAAAUUCAAAUGUAAAGAAUUUCAUAAUAGCACAGUAAUUUUUCUCUUGGACGCUUUUGUUGUUUUGUCUAUGCGGACGAAUUAAUUUUAACGUUAUUUUUAUAUUAUUUAUUUUUAAGUUAAAUAUUGUAAAUUAACAAAUCAUAGUGAUAUUACGAUAUUAGAAUUAAAUAAAAACGUUUUAAAUCCUCUUGA